AUGUUUUGCCUUUUGUGUAGAAAACAUGAUGCAACGAAUCUUCAAAACAAGAGCAAAAAGUUUAACACUGAACCUGCUGUCCGCUUUAAACGCAAGUCCGUUGAAGAACACUCAACUUCACAACAACAUAAAGAUGCUGUAAGUGCAGAACUUUUAAGUCGUGUUUCUGUCUUCCAGAGAGAGUUUGAAGAAAGAGAAAAAUCAAAGGAAGAUGUAUAUUUCAAUGCACUCUUGGCUCUUUACUGGAUAGCGAAAGAAGAAAUCGCGAACACAAAGUUUACCAGUCUUUUGGAAGUUGUAGAGAAAAUGGGAUUAUCAAAUAUGAAAUUCUUUGAGCAUCGCUCAGGAGGAUCAGUGAGAGAAAUGUUUAUUUUGAUGGGGGAGAUGAUAAAAUCUGAGGCUGUGAAGAAGGCACAGCAAGCCAGCUUCAUGGGUCUCUUGAUCGAUGAAGUAAUGGAUAUUGCCCAGAGAGAGCAGCUUGUGUCAUUCAUCAGAUAUGUUGACCAAGAUACCUAUGAAGUGAAAACAGAUUUCCUUGCUGUGAAUGACAUUUUAGAGAGCUCAACUUCUGCCAAUGCUGAAACCAUCAAGUCAGUUGUUGUGAAACAGCUGUCAGAUUGUGACCUAGAUAUCAAUAAAUUAUCAGGUUUGUCAACUGAUGGCGCAUCUGUAAUGGUGGGCAAGGAAAAUGGUGUUACUGCUAAGCUUAAGAGAGAAGCUAAGAGGUUACUGAAUGUUCACUGCAUCUGCCAUAGAUUGGCCCUUGCAUGUGGGGAUGCAAAUGACCACAUUUCAUAUAUCAAGACUGUUGAAAAGGUUUUGAUUCGACUAUGGUCUUUCUUCCACAACUCGGGAAAGCGCACAGCAGCAUACACCAAAGCAGUUAUUGCUUUAGCAGAGUUACACAUUUCACAUUCUGCAAAGAAAAGGGUCGUAAAGCACGUUACGAAGGCUACCCGAACAAGAUGGCUGUCUACAGAAAGCACUGUUGAUGGUAUUUUUCUUAACUUUGUGCCUUUGAUCCAAACUUUGCAAAUCUACAGCAAUGAUAGUGAUCCUGUUGCAAUAAACUUGAUCACUGAAAUCAAGUUGAAGAAAUUCGUUGGAGCAGUGUAUUUACUUCAUGAAGUCGUGCCAAUUCUGAGCCACCUCAGCCGAGCCUUUCAGAAAGGAAACAUAUCCUUUGCUGUCAUAGCACCUGCUGUAGAAUUUAUUUUAGAGGAACUGAAAAGCGUGGCCGAAAAACAAUCACCCCUGGAAUGUUUAAGAAGAGAUCUUGCUGAGGACGGCAGACUGCACUACAGUGGAUUGACUCCUCUAACAGCACAUGAUGAGACACUUCUCAGAAACCUGACUUCAAAGUAUGUCCAUGCUCUGCAAGACAAUAUUGCUUCCCGUUUCAAGGAUAACCUUCCCAUCCUGAGUGCUUUCAAAAUCUUUGAUCCAGUUGCAGUGCCACCCAAGUCUGAUCAGAGCUUUAGUGAGUAUGGAGACAAAGAGAUCAAGAUCCUUGCAGAAUAUCUGUAUCAGCUGGAGACUGGAGAA